AUGCCAACCCAGGAAGACGAGGCGCUGCGCCAUGUGCUCUUUAUUCUCCCUGCCGACAACUUUAAUGACUUGGGUAUUAUAGACAAUGAUGGUCACCAGCUAGGUACGCUGCGUGCUCCGAGCGCCGUUCGUCGUGAAUCGGUGGUCGGUGCAUUUGUGCGCACAGUUAUUAGCUCGCUGUCGUUCAUGUUCCAGCGCCCCAUCCGCCUCUUUCGCCCCACGCAGUUUUCCUCCUUGACGCUGAUGGAGUUCAUGGCGCAAAGAGAAGGGAAGAAGCUCGGGAUACCGUAUCUGCGGCGCUUAAUCCGCCAGGAAAAACCAGCGAUGCUCUUGUCCCUGAUUGUUCCCCCGAUGCUGGCAAACAUGGCGAUUGGGCUUACCCUUUUCCAGACGUAUACCUUGACCGAGGAUUUCUUGUUCAAACGGCACAGCGGGGACGAUGCCUUCUCCGAGCCAGGCACGUUUACGCCAACGUGGGUCGUCGCUGUCGCGGGCGCCGUCGCUGGCGCGGCACAAUGCAUCAUUUCCGCGCCGCUCGAUAACGUCCGCGUCGUAUUCCAGCGGCUCGUUGUAAAAGAUGUGUCCAGCGCGGCUACGAUCCCCAUCUUUAUCCGAAGACCGCUGCGCACUUGGCGCUCCAUUCUCGAGGCUGCGAUCCUGCCUUUCUUGCCGCGGAGCUUGCACAAUCGCUUGGCUCGCGACUUGACUCGCCCCAUCACGGCGCAGGAGCCCAAGGCCGCGACUGGUUUUCGGCAUGUGCCGAACCAAAUGCGCAUGAUUCCCCGGCGCGCGGGUGGAAUAGGCAUGGUCCUCUCCCUUCUUCGCGACUCUGCCGGCUUCUCGUGCUUUUUCAUCUCGUUCGAGUGGGCCCGACGGAUCGCCUUUUCCGCGUCGCAGUCGGUCGACAAUACAGUCUACCGGCUUUGGAAGCGCAACAUGGACUCGACAGAGGAGCUGCACGAGCACCACGACAAGCACCGCAUGGACUUUAGCUUCAACGCAAGUCGCACUGUGUAUGGCCGCGUCACUGCCGCCAUGAUUCUCGUCUGUGGCGGCGCUAUUGGGGCAUUGCUUUAUGAAUUAGUGAGUCGCCCUGUAGAAUACGUCCGGAUGGUGCUGGCGCAUCGUUUAUACAUGCCCCAGCGGGGGCGUGUGCACAACGUGCGACUCAAGACGGUACACGCUGCGCCGCUGCGCCAAGCGACGUCGCUGUACAAUAUUCGGCCAGUGCGCACCGUCGGAUUAGUCCCGCGCAUUUCCAACGUACAUGCACUACGGUUCGUUCGCACUCAGCGGCGCCGUUUGAGUCGCGCGCACGUAUUGCAUAUACCUCGCCGCAAGCCACGCCGUUCGCUGCCGCUGCCGCUGCAGCAGCCACCAGGGAACUUUGCGCGCAUGUCGCGCAAAUUCCAAGCAAUGCAAGCACGAUUCCGUGUGUGGCUGCACAUGUUCUCGCAGUCUACGUUCGCGAAACUGCUACAGUAUGCGCAAAUUACCAAGCCGCGCAAUGCUCCUAACUUCACAAUUUCGUUGAUGGUGGAUACCUACUUGGUCCGUCCAUUUACGCAUCCCGAGCUUUGCCGCUCCACCGCGCCGCGGCCAUGGGGCGCAGGGCCUCCUGCGCAAAAACCGCAUCGGAAAUCGUUGCUUGACAGUAUGCAGCCGAAGCCCGGGACGUUGGGGAGCAAAUUUGCAGGGUCAAAGCCCUCCAAGCAUUGGUGGUCCCGUAUCCGUGUACCGAUUGGGUACAUGGUGAACAGGCUCACUUCCCCAUACGGCAUUGCAUUCCUCGCGUUUGCGUGGAUGGGCGGCGACUUGAACUAA